AUGCGUGUGCUAGGGAUCUUGCUUACUCCCAUACUCUGUGUGGCUCAACAAGUUCCAUGGACUGCGCCGUUGCAGUCGAGGGAGCCUGAUACUUUCCAGCUCAAAUGGCCUGUGAAGAGGGUGGCUAUAAUCGGCGGUGGGGUCAGUGGACUUAUAGCGUACCGCGAAUUCGAGCAAGCCGGUUUCGAGCAAGUCCGGCUUUUCGAGCGCGACUCAUUGCCCGGAGGGAAUUGGCUCUACACUGAAGACAUACCGGGAGAUGCGCCUAUUCCAAAUGUGGAGCCCUCUAUUGGAGACUAUGUUCCCUCUGUUUUACCACCGGGAUCCACCUACCCUUCCGAGAAGAUUUAUUCUGACGGAGAAGAGCGUUGGAGGGAGCAUCGCGCCCCAAAACCUGUUUGGGAGUCUCUGGAAAGCAACGCGCCGGCGCCUAUUCAGCAGAUCACUGAAAUUCCAUGGCCCCCAGGGACACCUUGGCAUCUGCCACAUCGUCUACUCGGUCGAUAUCUCCGUGCCUUCGCUUCUUUCCACAACGUUAACGCCAACGACGACAACUCGGACGUUUCGUACCGUACAAGGGUGGAGCGAGUCGAGAAGCGACGGAAUCCGGCCACCCAAGACGAGGAGGGAUGGACGCUGACGCUGAAGCGCGUGGAACUCUUGGACUCCAAGGCGAAAGUGACGUGGUGGACUGAGACUAGCGCCGUAGAGAUCUCCCGGGAAGUAUCUCACUCUGCUCGCAGAAUCUAUCAGUCCAUCAGGCCUGCAAAUCCGAACCUUCCGGAUAAUGCUGGUCGCAAUCAUCUCAGUCGACUUCCGGCGAACAUCAGCAUCGUGCCCGAGAUACGACAGUUCCAUGCCCACAAUCAGACCGUCGAACUAGUCAACGGCACUUUCCUCGAGCACAUUGACCAAGUCGUGUUUGCCACCGGAUACCGUUAUUCCUUCCCGUUUCUUCCGCAGUUCCACCGUGAAACGGGAUCGACCGACCGCCACAUUGUCACAGAUGGCACCCAUCUACGCGCCCUCCAUCUCGACUUUGUCUCCAUCGAGGAGCCAACGAUCGGAUUUCUCAACAUGAACUGGGGAAUGCAAUCAUUCACAUAUGCCGAGUAUCUCUCCGUCGCCUUGGCCAAGGUCUGGUCCGCGAAGGCGUCCCUGCCGUCCCAGGACGAGAUGUGGAGGGCCCACGACCGACGAGUAGAGGAACGCGGAGGCUAUGGUCGCCAUCUCCAAUUCCUCGGCGAAGACAGAAACUCCGCGAUCAUUCGGUACUUUGUCGGCUGGCUCAACGAUGCAGCCGUGAAAUUCGGCGGAAAACAGCUCGAUGGCGAAGAUAAAAACUAUCACGAAAUCAUGACGACCUGGAUAAAAUCGAUGUACCCGUCUUACAACCUCCGGGAUUCGAGUAAAGAGGAACGCCAAUCCGUACAAUCAGUGGAUUGGAUCUACGGAGAAGAUUGGUAGAAGGUGUAGGGUCGUAGUCCAUCAUUUCAUAUCACGUGAUUGUUAAUCCCUGUAUUUUCGACUUCAACUUCACGGCGAAGUCGUCUCAGCCUCUGCACUCAACACUUCCGUAUGAAUGGUAGUACAUAUCAUGAACACUGGAAUUUGUGGAAUUCUUCUGUGCACGUCCCGCCCAAUCAGCCAAGCAGCGCGGCAUCCUCCUCAUCGGCAGGAGGCUGGGUACAGCGCAGGACUCAGAGAUCGGACUGAUUGAAACAGGACCUAGCCCUUCAUAGCGAAAUUGAAUUGCCGACAAGAUGGGGAAUAUAUUGUGAUAUAAGCUAUCUCUGGCGACAUCUGACGCGAUCGUGUCGCGAAUGCUCACUCGCACCCCAAUCCCACCAUGUGCCGAUACUCGAACUUCCCUCACGUCAGAUCCCAUGGCAUGAUUCGAGCUCUAUAUUGCGCCAAAACGACUGGUGCAUGCCCGUUAAGAAGAAUGCACCUCGUCCAGCCUGCUAGCCGUUCGGUCUACGAUUAUGACCACACCGAGCUUGGAGUAUGCCGUGCCCGCGGAGGUCAAGCCUACACCGCAGACCGACACACAGAGUCGAUGGGCGAUACUCUGGGACACGGCAGGGGUCGGCCGUGAUGAGCGUCGGAUGCUGCUCAAGGUCGAUGCGUCGCUGCUCAUCUUCGCUUCCGUCCGUGCUUUUCUCUGCAUCCGCCCCGACAUGGCACUCACACCACGUGUAGCUGGGAUACUUUAUCAAGAACCUGGAUCAGGUAUGCUUCUCUGUGCAGACUGGUGUUCACAGCCUGACUGGGUUGCAUAGACGAAUGUCACCAGUGCAGUGAGUAACUGGCGGUAUCGCCGAUCGUGAGGAAAUUCACAUAUCGAUCAAGUUCUUCGCCGGGAUGGAGCAAGAUCUGUGUGUAUUUGGCAACCGAAUGCGUGAACUGCACCCCUCAAUCGCCUCAGGAACAUGACUGGGAACCAACUGGUGUAUGCGACAUCGUACUGGACCGCAGGCUAUGUCAUUGGGCAGAUCCCGUCGAAUCUCUUGUUGACUCGGAUAUCUCCGCAGUAUGUCAUACCUUCACUCGAACUUGCUUGGGGCCUGGCUACACUCGGAACGUAUUCUGUCAAGAACGUCGAGUCACUGUACGCGCUGCGGUUUCUCGUUGGUCUCUUUGAGUCCGGCUUCUACCCAGGAAUGCAUUACAUUCUCGGGUCCUGGUACACUCCACGUGAAUUGGCCAAACGGACAACCAUAUUCUGGACUGCGGGAUCGCUGGGCUCGAUGUUCUCCGGCUUUCUGCAGACAGCAGCGUACAAACGGCUGAACGGCGUGCAUGGGCUAGCAGGCUGGAGGUGGCUUAUGAUUAUCGAUGCUAUAAUGUCCGUUGCCGCCGUCUCCACGCGCUAUCGAACUCACCAAAUUCAAGAACGAUCCCCAUCGCCCUGUUCGGCUUCGUGUUUCUGCCAAAUCUACCCUGGGCAGCGGAGCCGUCGUUCAUGCUCAGUCAGAGGGACAUCGAUAUUGCUCGUGCCCGUAUGAAAGCUGUUGGCCGCAAGUCUCACGAGCCGUGGUCCAAAGCCAAGCUUCGACGCAUCCUCAGUCACUGGUACAUAUACGUGCUUCCCAUCGAGUAUGUUCUAUGGAACAACGGAAGCGCCCAAUCGCCAAUGCAGUACUGGCUCAAGAGCUUCAACGUGAAACCGUACCCUGUGCCGGGGGUGUCAUACUCUGUGUCCCAGAUCCAGCUGUUACCGCUUCCUGCGACUGCUAUCCUGAUUGUCACUGCUCUGAUACUGGCGUGGAUCAGCGACGGACCUGCAAGAGGCUUGCGUUGGCCAUUCAUCAUUGCUGGCGCUGUCUCGAACCUCAUAUUCAACAUCAUCUGGCUCGCACUGCCUCUAUACAAACACAUCCGGGGCCAUUUCGCGUACUUUUACCUAAUGACUAUCGGGACGACCGCCGGCCCGUUGAUCAUGAACUGGAUCAGCGAGAUUACCCAGAUGGACAGUGAGCUGCGCGCCCUCUGUGUUGCACUGGGCAACGAUCUGGCCUACGUCGUCCAAGCGAUCGCGCCUAAUUUCGUAUGGAAGACAACCGAUUUCCCGCGUGCUGCGAAAGGCUACCACUGGUCGAUCGGUCUGCAAGUCAUGCUGAUCUUGUGGACCGGGCUGAUCUUGUUCCUGCUACGCGAAGAUAAACGCAAGCAGAAAGGCACAGACGAAGAAGAGAGCCAGACUGAGACAGGAAUCACACGGGUGUCGGAUGUCGGACCUAAAGAUGCAAUAGAUUAGUUAGCAGUCGCCGUGUUUAGUCAGGAGGGGGUGCAACAUAGAAUGUGGAUUGCGCGAUUUUGUGUACUGAACGAGGUCAGAUGUCUGCUCGUACAAAGUUUAGCCAGCCGCAAUCUAUUCCAGAUUGUUGUGUGGGAGACAAACUGUCGUCGAUGGCGUGCGAUAUUGUGUGAUUCGAAGAGGAAGAGGGGGUCAGUUGGGACUGUUAUCUUUGGAGCAAGAAGGGCUGCCGAUUGCGCUAUGGCUAUUCGAACUUGCGAGUCCAGCAGAGCCAGUCGGCAGUCGUAUUCGCAAGAAAGUGUCGAACGGGCCAUCAUAUUACGUGCUGCGGCAUAAACGUAUAAGUACUGCCUCGACCGACAGGGAAACGCAACCAGUCAUGGCGCCCGUUGCAACCGAAACCGUAGCCAGCACUCGUGCUCCCGCCCACCCCGUCAUCAAGCCCAUUUCUGGCCCGUUGGCGACUAGACCGGAGUAUCCAGAGGAGAGCGAAACGUUCAAGCGUCCGCCCGAGAACACCCUCAGACGUUACGAGCGUGCGGGCAUCGAUAUCUCCCGUAAGCCGCCCUCUCUUCAUGUCGAAUCGAGGUUGAACCUCUGCAGAGGGCUACCCGUACCUCCCGAACAAACCCGAGUUUGUUCAGGAUGUCGAGAAGCUCCAGACCAAUCUGCGAGCAUACAACGAUCCCGCUAGCCGUGCCGAUCCCGAGAAGAAGGCACUCUUCGGCGCCGCCAAGGAGGUCCGGGAUUUGUCGAUCCACAUCGGAGUGAGGGAGACUAUCUCGAGUGCGACGUCUCGAUUAACGUUGUACAGACUGAGAUCGUGGGUUUGCAACUCGAGGAUUUGAACGAGAAGCAAAAGGACGAGCUUGCACUCCUUAUCGCGUGAGUCCCAUCCAAUGAAGAUCUAUCUCGGCGCUAAAUGUCGUUCAGGGAACGCUCGGUCGUCUGUGAGUCGAUGCUGACUCACCUUUCAGCUCGUGCUCUUACUGAUACAUCGCAGUCUUCCGUGAUCAACAACUGGCGCCUCAGAAGCAACGCGAGCUCGGAGUGUAUCUCGGGGAUGGUGAAAUCGAGAUUCACCCGCAAGUUCCCCAGGUCCCCGGCCUGCCUGGUGUGACGCUCAUUUGGGAGCGUGCCCGUGAGUACCGGCUUUCGUCUCCCAGGACCUUCCGGACGGCAUACCCAUCCGGCAGCUACGGCUGGCACACUGAUCUCGUGCAUCUCGCCUUCCCUCCCGGCUACACCCAUCUCCACCAAGACACCGUCCCGCCGUGGGCGGAGACACGCUCUGGGCUUCGGGCUACGCUGCCUACGACAAGUUCUCGCCCAAGUUCCGCUCGCUGCUCGACGGCCUCAAUGGGAUCUACCGCUCUGCGCACCAGUACAAGGACGCCAACGACGCGAGCGCGCCGCCUCGCCACGUCACCAUCGUCCACCCUCUUGUCCGCACGCACCCUGUGACCGGCUGGAAGACGGUGUUCGCGAACCGCGCCAUGACGGUUGGAAUCGAGGGGCUCGAUCAGGCAGAGAGCGACGCGAUCCUCAACCACAUCUUCGACGUGUACGAGAAAUCGACUGACAUCCAGAUCCGCUGGCAGUGGACGCCAGGAACCUCGGCUAUCUGGGACAACCGCUCGACGAUCCAUACGGUCUCCUUCGAUUACGAAAACAAGGAGGAGCGACACGGCACUCGGGUGAGCUCCUUGGGUGAGGUUCCGUUCUUCAAUGGCGGGAGGUCGAGGAGAGAGGCAUUGGGUCUGGAUGCGUGAUACGGUAAUAGAACGGAGGGCAAGCGAGUCGAGUUGUUGUAGUUUGCCAGAGUCCACAGAGCAAGCAGUGAAUGUAAACCAAGUUCUCACGUGUA